CACAGGCCACAAGUCGUGCCCUACGGAGGCCCAGGCGCCUCCAGAGUCAUGGCCCGCUCGGCCUGCGGGUUUCCAGUCGCACUACUGGGCGCCCUGCUGCUGGGUACAGCGCGCCUGCCGCACGGGACAGAAGCAUCUGAGAUUUCUCUGCCCCACGGAAGUGGCGUUACGGUGCGCAUCAGGCUGGCAAGCCCAGCCCUGCCUGUGAAACCCUGCUACAUCAUCCUGUCUAGACAGCAUAUCACCGAGUUGCUUAUCAAACCCGGAGAGAGAAAGUCUUUUACCUUCAGCUGCAUCAAUCCAGAGAAGUACUUUGUCUUGGAGAUCGAGAAGAGUAUCGACUGCAUGUCAGGCCCAUGUCCUUUUGGGGAGGUUCGUCUUCAGCCAUCCACAUCAGAGCUGCCCACGCUCAACAGAACUUUCAUCUGGGACGUCAGAGCUCAUAAGAGCAUUGGCCUGGAGCUGCAGUUCUCAGCCCCUCGCCUGAGGCAGAUCGGCCCAGGUGAACGCUGUGCAGAUGGGGUGACUUACUCCAUCAGUGGUCGUAUUGAUGCUACCGAGGUCAGGAUUGGGACCUUCUGCAGUAAUGGCACCGUGUCCCGGAUCAAGAUGCAAGAGGGUGUGAAGAUGGCCUUACACCUGCCAUGGAACAUACCCAGGAACGUCUCGGGGUUCAGUAUCGCAAACCGGUCAUCUAUAAAACGCCUGUGCAUCAUCGAGUCAGUGUUUGAGGGUGAAGGCUCAGCAACGCUGAUGUCCGCCAACUACCCAGGAGGCUUCCCUGAGGAUGAGCUCAUGACCUGGCAGUUCGUGGUCCCUGAACACCUGAGGGCCAGUGUCUCCUUCCUCAACUUCAAUGUCUCCAACUGCGAGAGGAAGGAGGAGCGAGUUGAAUACUACAUCCCGGGAUCCACCACCAACCCGGAGGUGUUCAGGCUGGAGGACCAGCAGCCGGGGAACAUGGCCGGGAACUUCAACCUCUCCCUGCAAGGCUGUGACCAGGAUGCCCAGAGCCCAGGGAUUCUUAGGCUACAGUUUCAGGUCCUGGUCCAACGUCCACAGAAUGAAAGCAGUAAGACCUACGUGGUGGACCUGAGUCAAGAGCGAACCAUGUCACUCACCAUAGAGCCACGGCCAGUCAAACAUGGCCGCAGGUUUGUUCCCGGGUGCUUCGUGUGUCUAGAGUCUCGGACCUGUAGUACCAAUGUCACCCUGACAGCUGGCUCCAAACACAAGAUUUCCUUCCUGUGCGAUGAUUUGACACGCCUGUGGGUGAAUGCAGAAAAAACCCUAAGCUGCCUGGACUACUACUACUGCUACAGGAAGUCCUUCCACCUGCAGGUGCCCAAAGACAUCCUCCAGCUGCCUGUGCAGCUGCACGACUUCUCCUGGAAGCUGCUGGUGCCCAAGGACAGGCUCGGCCUUAUGCUGGUGCCAGGCCAGAAGCUACAGCAGCACACACGUGAGAGGGCCUGCAACACCAGCUUCGGCUACGUCAUAGCCAGCACCACGCCCGGCCAGGACCUGUACUUUGGCUCCUUCUGUCCAGGAGGCUCUAUUGAGAAGAUCCAGGUGAAGCAAAACAGCUCUGUGACGCUUCGAACAUACGCCCCCAGCUUCCAACAAGAAGUCUCCAGGCAAGGCCUAACAGUGUCCUUCAUACCAUAUUUCAAAGAGGAAGGCAUUUUCACAGUGACUCCAGACACAAAAAACAAGGUCUACCUGAGGACCCCCAACUGGGACCGUGGCCUACCUGCCCUCUCCUCGGUGUCUUGGAACAUCAGUGUGCCUAGCAACCAAGUGGCUUGUCUGACCUUCUUCAAAGAGCGUUCUGGUGUGGUCUGCCAGACGGGGCGCGCAUACAUGAUCAUCCAGGAGCCCCAGACCCGGGCAGAGGAGAUCUUCAGCCUAGAGGAGGAAGUGCUGCCUAAGCCACGUUUCCAUCGUCACAACUUCUGGGUUAACAUCUCCAACUGCAGCCCCAUGAAUGGCAAACAGCUAGACCUGCUUUUCUGGGUGACUCUUACCCCAAGGACUGUGGAUUUGGCUGUCAUCAUUGGUGCAGCAGGAGGCGGAGCCCUGUUGCUGUUUGCCCUAGGACUCACCAUCUGCUUUGUGAAAAAGAAGAAGAAGGUCAACAAGGGCCCAGCUGUGGGUAUCUACAAUGGCAAUGUCAACACCCAGAUACCCCAGACUCAAAAUUUCCAGAAAAGAAGAAAGGACAAUGACUCUCAUGUGUAUGCGGUCAUCGACGACACCAUGGUAUAUGGGCACCUGCUACAGGACUCUGGUGGCUCCUUCAUCCAGCCGGAGGUGGACACCUACCGGCCCUUCCAGGGCGCCAUGGGGGACUGCCCCCCAUCCCCACCCCCUAUAUUCUCCAGGACCCCGACUGCAAAGUUCACUGCAGAUGAGCCAGCCCCUAGUAGCCCCCCCGAGUCUGAGAGUGAACCCUACACUUUUUCACACCCCAACCAGGGAGAGGUUGGUGUCAGGGAGACAGACAUCCCCUUACUCAACAUCCAGGGGCCGGUGGAGACGGAAGAAUAAUUUGGCCCCAUUCCAAAGACUUUGCUGAGAUGCCUGGGCACCAGGCAUUGAGACACGCAAAGCUGAAGUCCUAAACAGGAAGUCAGGUGGGAGAAGAAUCCACUAGAAGGGAGAAGUAGCUUUUGCAUUGUCCCACCAAAUCCUGAUUUCCUGGUGGACUCCUCCCAGUGAUGGGUAAAUCAUGACUUCUGAUGGGGAUGCAUCCUAACAGCUCAGGUCUUCCUGAACUCAGGUUGUGUUGGGGCUGGCCGCAGUGACAGAAGAGAGACACGGCCCACCCAGACAGGACUACGAUGAGCCCUGGAUUCUCAAUGAUAAGCAGAGACUUAGCGGAUUCCCUGGAGCUCCACUUGGGGGUCUCUGCUCUCACUGGAGUCCUCUGGAUGGAAAUGGCAAUGUGCUUUUUAUAUAACUGGUAGUAAUAGUAGUAGUAGUAGUAGUAUUUAUUUGGUGGUCUGCAUGUCUCAAGUGGAGCUGAGGGUGUAGCUCAGUUGAUAGGAUGCUUGCCUAACACACACAGAACUCUGGGUUCCAUCCUCAGCAAGGCACAAAACCAGGCGUGGUGCAUACCUGUAAUCCCAGCACUGGGGAGGUGGAGGCAGGAGGAUCAGAAUUUAAAGGUCAUCGUCAAGUGCAUAGUGAGUUGGGAAACCCUCCUGGUGUGUACUUAAGACCCUCUUUUAAGAACAUAAGCGAAGCUCCUUUGAUCUAGCGUACUGGUUUGACCUCAUGCUAACUGGUCUGGGUGGCUGUGUUUUGGUUUCCGAGGACCACUAGAUGGAUAAACGUGUGCCUGUAGGGAUGACUGAUGGCCUACCCAGCCAGAAGAGUAUGUGCGUGUAUGCACACGUGCGUGUUAUCUCUCACUCAGUGAGAAACUUCCUAGUCCUUUGCUGCAUACAGCUGUCCCCCUGUAGAAUUUAUUACAGAUCCUAUUGUCCCCUGCUACGAGAAAUAAGAGCAGCUACCUUGAGUUUUCCUGUGUGGUGUGUGGCUCUCCCAGCUGCAGCAAUACUUUGACAUUUAAACAAAUUUUGAGAGUAACUUGAUCCUUUAAAAAUAUAAUAAAUAAGCCAGGCAGUGGUGGUGCACACACACUUUUAAUCCCAGCACUUGGGAGACAGAGGUAGGUGAAUCUCUGUGAGUUCCAGGACAGCCUGGUCUACAGCAAAACCUUGUCUCAAAAAAACCAAAACAAAGCAUGUAUGUAUGUAUGUAUGUAUGUAUGUAUGUAUGUAUGUAUGUUGCCUCUACUCUGAGGCUAUGUGCUUGGGGCUGGAAAUUGACGCCGCCGAAUUGUAUGAAAAACAGUGGAGCAUAGUUUUUAGCACACUACAGAGUUCAGUGUCUCUGGUAAACCUUCGGGAAAUAAAUGUGCUUCAUCGUGUUCAGGGAGUUGACCUUAGAAAGGCGUCUCAUUGCUUGGCCCAUUACGUGGUCCACCGAGGCAGUGCACUUGGGCAGCUCCUGGAAGGUUUGAACUCCAGGGCCUCUUGAGUUUUCUCCAGAAAGGAGGGUUCACUUUGUAAUCACAUCUGAGGGCCUGCCUGUGCAUCUUUCCUUUCUGAGGCUUCCUCCUCCAACUCCUUCCCCGCAGCCCACAGUGCUGACCACCCUCCACCAUGCUGGGGGCGGGGCUCUCCACCGACUUCUGCUUUGACUCUGCUGAUGCCCAGGAAACCCUUGUACCCACUGGCUGGGCCUGUGGCUGCAUAUGGAGGGAAAAGGUUGACUCUCCCAUGGGGACAAGCCAGGGUCCAUCAGCUGUAACUUCAGUACAGGUUGGAGGAUCAGGCUCAGUGGAUCUGCAGUGCAUACCUGAAAAUAAUUUAUUUAAUGUAGAGACAUUUUUGAUAACAUCUUAUUCAUUUCCUAUACUUUUUUUUAAAUAAAGAUAAUACAAAACAAA